ACUCCUCCGCCUUGCAGCCGGAGACAGAGGGCAGCAGCACAGCACAAUCGCAUUCAUUAACGGCGCUAAACCAGGGUGGUGUCUUUUAGCACUGACGUUUGCUAUUCGAGUCUACACUUCGCUUACCUUUAUGCCAAAGGAACGGCAGCUCGAAAACAGAGACUUGCAGCUUCAGAAACGUUAUGAUGAAACAGUGUUCAAAUUCAACCCAAGGGUUGUUUGAUCGCCUCGGCUGGAUGUGGCGCUAGUAUGCUCUCAGAGAACGAGAAGAAAGCUACAUCUGUUACAUAGAACAGUCAACCCUGGAUAUCAACCCUUAACAGCGGGCUUACUUUGCAGGAGUUCUAGCAACUGAGGAGCAGCAGUCAGGCUGGAUCCGAAUAAGCGAUAUUAACGUAUCUAAAGGGGGUACGAUAAUCUUCAUUAAUAUGUCAGCAACACCCAGCCCCCUAUCUUUCAACAAAACCAGCCUUUUUACAGAAACCUAUGAAAGAAUGGAUUCGCAAAAUGGACAAAGACAAGGCAACCCGGCGCUCUUCUGCUUGUCGUUGAGUAUAACGAUUUUAACUUUUGCGGGUAGCGUCUAUUCACUGUUGUCUUUACUGAAGAUGCGGAGUAAGACCUCGCUUUCACUUAUUGUGGCGUCUCUGUCCGUAGACGAUUUAAUUAGCGUGAUACCUUUAUCUCUAUUUCUGUUCCUACAAUGGGGGAGCAAAGACCAGCCCAGCGCACUGUGUACUUCAUCGGCGCUUCUGUAUCUCUUUCAGGGGGUAUCAAGCAAUUUAAAGGCGUCGUUGAUUGUGUCCUACACUUUUUAUAUAACCAAACGGUUUGGCGCUUUUCAGGCUGCCAAACGACCACUGAAAAUAAUAUGGGCUAUAGUAGGUAUAUGGAUUGUCAGUGUGAUAGUAAGCAUAUUACCUUUAUGUGGCUGGGGCACUUUUGCUCCCACACACUGGGGCUGCUUUACAACGAGUCCCAGCUCCUAUGUGAUCUUUCUUUUUGUUCUGUAUGCCUUGUGUUUCUGCAAAGUAGUAGUUUUUUCCAUACCUCUUACAAACCAGCUGCUGUGCUCGGGUGACCAACAAAAGGGAUUGAAUCCCAGCUAUUCCGAGAUUGAGAGAGGACCCGAUGCCGAUGUGCCGACACCAGUUAGUAAUAUGUCGUCUCUCCCUCAAGGAGACCCCCUGGAGAAAAGUUUUAUAAGUUGUGCGGAGAGGAAUCAGGAUUCUGAGCCUGUGCUUGUAAAGAACAAAGUGGAUACUUAUUAUUGUUCCAGCCCGACGGCUUCUCACUAUCAGACGGAUGUUGAGAACUCCAGGAAUUCUCCUGUAUUUUUAGCUCAGAAACGUUUUUCUUUAAUUCUGGCUAUGGUUAGAAUAAUUUUGUGGAUGCCAAUGAUGAUACAGAUCUUGGUUAGUCAUGUCCUUCAAUUCAAGAGCCAGUCUCUUGAGACCCUGAGUUUUGUUCUGACCUUGCUCUCUGCUGCAGUCACGCCAGUGUUUGUUCUUUCCGAGCGCUGGAUCCACCUGCCAUGUGGCUGUUUUAUUAAUUGCAGUAGAAAUGCAUACGAGGUGUCUUCAGACACAGCAAGGGUCAAAAAGAAAGGUUUUGAAUUCAGCUUGUCCUUCCAUCAAGGGUAUCGAAUUUACAAAAUAGGCCAGGCAAACCAUUGCUCUGGUGAAAAAUCGGUAUCAUAUCACAACUUUAUGAACUACGACACCAAAGGGAAAAAAACUGAUCCGAUAGAAAGUAACCCGUCGAGCCGCGCCAACCUUGAGUUCAGAACCAUAACUUUGAGGGACAGCUCCUUGCAGACAGAACUCAACAAAGCAUUCAAGUCGGAGUCGAAGCCUUGCAGCGCCACCGGGUCUAACGCAUUUUACAGCAGCGCUGCUGGAACACCAAUCAACGAAAACAAUCUUGAUGGGUUGCCAGUGUUUGACGGCCCUGAAAGGAGAUUGUCCCACGAAGAAUGUCGCAAGCUGGAGCUCACAGACUGGGAAUGGUGUCGAAGUAAAUCCGAAAGAACGCCUCGGCAGAGAUCCAGUGGGGGAUUAGCUAUUCCACUUUGUGCAUUUCAAGGAACUGUGUCACUCCAUGCACCCACUGGGAAAACUCUCUCACUUUCCACUUACGAAGUCAGUAGUGAUGGUCAAACAAUAACCCCAACAAAUAAGAAAAUUGAAGUUUAUCGCUCAAAAAGUGUGGGGCAUGAGCCUAACACAGACGACUCUCCAAACAGCAUUGCAGACACCAAUGUAAAAAUUCAUUUGGAAGUGCUGGAGAUCUGUGACAAUGAAGAGGCCAUGGAUACAGUGUCUAUAGUUAGUAACAUCAGCCAGUCUUCUACCCAUGCCAGAUCGCCAUCGCUACGUUACUCCAGAAGGGAAAAUAGAUUUGUAUCCUGUGACUUGGGUGAGACUGCUUCUUACUCACUCUUUAUACCCACAAACAAUCCUGACAGUGAUAUUAAUAUAUCAAUUCCCGACACUGUGGAGGCUCACAGACAGAACAGUAAAAAGCAGCACCGGGAGAAACCGGGUUACCAGGAGGAGAUCCAAGUAUUAAAUGAGGUUUAUAGGAAACAGGAAGAGGAUACGGGUAAGUGAACGAGGACAUGUUUCAAGCUUAAUGUCCAUUUCUUAUAUUUCUGUUGAUGUUGCGUGAAUGAUUGCAAACAACACACAACAGCAAACAAAGACAUGAAAAAAAGCAAUUCAAAUGAUAUAUGAAGCUAAUUGGUGGUGGUAAGAGAAUGGUUGCACUGUAAUAAUGAUAAUAAUGAUGAUGAUAUUGAUGAUUAUGUUGAUUAUUGUAUUACAUAACACUACACAAUUAAAGUAUAUGUACAAAAAAAGAACUGUUAGAAAUAUCAAGUAGAAGGAAUUCUACAACACAAAUACCAGAGCCUGUAUUAAAAAAAGUAACAAUACACCAGAAACCAGAAACACUAUAGUGUUUAGUGGGUUACAUGCAUCAGCCUCAGAUGUAACAUUACUCACAGACUAUCACACAUACUCAGUAUUAAUAUAUCAUGCAUGUGGAAAACAAGGCCAUUGCCAUAAACCUGAUAUGCUUAAUCUAACUUUGUAUUCAUCUAUAUGUAUAGAAUGUUUUCAAGAAUCAAUGUAUUGCUGUUCUAUUCAAAAGCAAAACAGGUUUUGACGUAUAUCUGCCACUACAUUUACCAUUAUUAUCAUUCUUUCGUUUUGAUUUCAUAUGUAAAAUGAAUUAAGAAAAUAACACAGUUAUGGGCUACCUCUAAGGUGGUGAUUGAUAGAUAGGGGUUAUUAUGACCACAAAAUGUGAGGUUUAAUUUGUGGUAUUUCAUUUCUUUUUUUUUGUAUAUAUUGUAACUGGUGCAUAAGGUUUGUUUGUGCUAUUUAGAAUUCAGUGUCAUGUGAUUUAGUACAAACCGAGGCACUUUGUAUGCUUUUGUAUUAAGGUGGCCCAUCGGCAAUGUAUGGAGAGCUGGGGAAAAAUGCAUUGCUGUAAUAAACACUGGUAGUACUG